AUGGGCGACAAUAUCGACCGCGAUGCGGAAGACAAAAUGGAGUUCUCCACCUCGAAAGAGGUCACGGUUGCGCCAACAUUCGAGGAUAUGCAUCUGAAAGAAAACCUGUUGCGCGGAGUUUAUGCCUAUGGCUACGAAUCGCCUUCAGCAGUCCAGUCGCGAGCGAUUGUCCAGAUCUGCAAGGGCCGAGACACCAUCGCGCAAGCACAAUCAGGCACCGGCAAGACCGCGACUUUCUCGAUCAGUAUCCUUCAGAUCCUUGAGACCGCAACAAGAGAGACACAAGCUCUAGUCCUGUCACCAACACGCGAACUGGCGACUCAGAUUCAAAACGUCAUCAUGGCCCUCGGCGACUACAUGAACGUCCAAUGCCAUGCCUGCAUCGGUGGCACGAACGUAGGUGAAGACAUCCGCAAGCUGGACUAUGGACAGCACGUCGUUUCAGGAACGCCAGGCAGAGUGGCAGAUAUGAUUCGGCGGCGAAAUCUGCGAACAAGACACAUCAAGAUGCUGGUUCUGGACGAGGCCGACGAGCUGCUAAACAGAGGGUUCCGAGAGCAGAUCUACGAUGUCUACCGAUAUCUUCCACCCGCAACACAAGUCGUUGUUGUGUCCGCUACGCUUCCGUACGACGUACUCGACAUGACGACCAAGUUCAUGACAGACCCUGUCGACUGGCUCACCGACAAGAUGAGAGAAGCCAACUUCACGGUCAGCAGCAUGCAUGGUGAGAUGCCGCAAAAAGAGCGAGAUAGCAUCAUGAGCGAUUUCCGUCAAGGCAAUAGCCGGGUCCUUAUCAGUACCGACGUCUGGGCUCGAGGCAUUGAUGUGCAACAGGUGUCCCUCGUCAUCAAUUACGACCUUCCGAGCAAUCGCGAGAACUAUAUCCACCGAAUCGGCAGAAGUGGUCGCUUCGGGCGCAAAGGCGUUGCGAUCAAUUUUGUCACGAGCGAUGAUGUGCGUAUCUUACGCGAUAUCGAGCUCUACUACUCGACACAAAUCGACGAGAUGCCCAUGAACGUGGCCGAUCUCCUAACUUGA